UUUGCCUCUGGUCUAGCAGUCAGCCUGGGUCUAGCUAGGUUAUUGCAUUUUAGCUAGCAGUCUGGACAUUCCUUUGACUGAAUGAAUGAGGGGGUGGUGGUACCCAGCUGUGCUGCCGAUGCCCAGUGCGAGAUGCUCCCCUGCUGGUGAGUGCCUGGGGGUGUGUCAUGACUCGAGAAGAGAGGAUCCGGGCUCCAGCCGGCAGCUGCCCAUCAGGUGCAGUCAGAAGAGAUACCCAGUCGGUGCCACCCAAAUGCUAUACACGGACACAGCAACGCCGUGCCUUAUCGCUGACCACUCUAGAGCACACCAAGCUGCAUGGCCUAAAAUACAUAUGCUCACCAAGUCUGGCAUUUCAACGAAGAGCCUUUUGGUUCCUUGCCUUCUUUACGUCACUGGGACUCUUGUUGUCUUGGUCAUCCAACAGGUUGCUUUACUGGAUGUCUUUUCCAUCUCACACACGUGUGCAACUGGAAUGGAGCAAGGAACUGGCCUUUCCCGCUGUCACCUUUUGCAACAACAACCCUGUACGUUUCCACCGUCUCAGCAAAAGCGAUCUCUAUUUUGCAGGUUACUGGUUGGGUCUCCUCCUGGCCAACCGUACAGCCCGUCCACUUUUAUCAGAGUUACUCCCUGAGGACAAUCAUAAGUGGUUCCACAAACUGGCUGAUUUCCGGCUUUUUCUGCCACCUCGGGACUUUGAUGGGAUCAGUGUAGCAUUCAUGGACAGACUGGGUCACCAGCUUGAGGACAUGCUGCUUUCUUGUAGAUACCGGGGAGAGGCCUGCGGCCCACACAACUUCUCCGCUGUGUUCACAAGAUAUGGAAAAUGUUACAUGUUUAAUUCUGGACACGAUGGUCGUCCUUUACUGACCACUGUAAAAGGAGGGACUGGAAAUGGCUUAGAAAUCAUGCUGGACAUCCAGCAAGACGAGUAUCUUCCCAUCUGGGGAGAGACAGAAGAAACCACAUUCGAGGCAGGAGUAAAAGUUCAAAUCCACAGCCAGUCUGAGCCGCCAUUUAUCCAGGAGCUGGGCUUUGGAGUGGCCCCUGGAUUCCAGACCUUUGUGGCAACUCAAGAACAGAGGCUGACCUUCCUCCCCUCUCCAUGGGGUGUUUGCCGAUUUUCCGACCUGGGUUCGGAUUUUUUCCCAGUAUACAGUAUCUCAGCAUGCAGGAUUGACUGUGAGACCAGAUACAUUGUCGAGAACUGCAACUGCAAAAUGGUACACAUGCCAGGUGAUGCUCCCUUCUGCACGCCAGAGCAGUACAAGGAAUGUGCCGAACCGGCCCUGAGUAUACUUACUGAGAAGGAUGCCGGAUUCUGUAUGUGCACAAUGCCCUGUAAUCUUACCAGAUACAACAAGGAGCUGUCCAUGGUGAAAAUCCCCAGCAAGACUUCUGCCAAGUACUUGGAAAAGAAAUUUAAUAAGUCGGAGAAAUACAUUUCGGAGAAUAUUCUUGUCCUGGAUGUCUUCUUUGAAGCUCUGAACUAUGAAACCAUAGAGCAGAGGAAAGCAUAUGAGGUGGCUGGGCUGCUGGGUGACAUUGGGGGUCAAAUGGGACUGUUCAUAGGAGCGAGUAUCCUGACUAUCCUGGAACUAUUUGACUACAUUUAUGAGCUAAUAAAGGAGAAACUCUUAGAUCUCCUGGGCAGAGAUAAUGAGGAAGGAAGGCACACAGAGGAUCUGAGUACCUGUGACAACAUGCCAAACCAUUCAGAAACCAUUAGCCACACUGUGAUGGUGCCAUUGCAGGCCACACUGGGAACACUGGAAGAAAUUGCCUGCUGAUGCCUUCAAAACACUACUUCGUGCCAAAAUUAAAGUGGACACAGCAUGGUGUGUGGAGAGGGAUUCCGUCAUGGAC